AUGUCAGAUAUAUUCGGGUUUGAUAACACAACCUUCCUCUCUCUGGCCUCUCUUCUUUCUGUGUCUCAAGGACCACAGGAAAUCGCGGAAUAUACUACUAUUAACAAGGUUCCGGAUCAUGAUGAAUGGGAGUUCGAAACUGACAAUGAUUCAACAAUAAUGCACCAGCUCUCAGGCUCUACAUCAAAAGACCAGGUGCUAGCGAAAUUCCUUGAUCAUAUUGCCGAAACAUUUUCCCAAGAAAAAUCCAUCCCACGUCAUGAACGACGGCGGUCUAAAGCGACAAUCAACGGAGCCAUCCAUGUGACGGCAUCGGGUCUAGUCUUCGAUCACGGCGCCCCGAUUGUUUAUGUUGCAAAAAAUGGGAUUGGAAGCGACUCAAUCGAAGAUAGCAAGAGAAUGAAGAUAGACGAAGAAUUGGCAAAUAGUCUGACGAAAUGGGUGAGGAUCAUCGCAUCUACCAUGAAGCGACCAGCCAUCGACAAGGAUCAGAUGUGGACGAAACUCAUCAGCUACUACAAGCAACGUCUACAUAUCUACAUAUCUCGUAUCAAAGGUUCAUCUAAAGAUGACCUCGCUGCCGCCUUCAAUACGAGGUCGGAUGGGAUUGUUUUAGCAAAAGAGCUGCAUGAAUUGUCUGCACAAUACAAGGCUGACAGCAUACCCUUGGAGGUUUUGAAGCGCAUGAUAUCUAUUGCCUACCAGCUACGUCCUGUGGCUGCGCCCGUUGGACUAACAUCCCAUAUUGGAAGGAUUCGGCGCUCUGUAUUCUUUUUAGGCCGCCUGAGAUCUGCAUAUGAGACAUUUAAGGAGACCGCCAUCGAGCUUCAAAAAUCUUUCAAAACUAUAACCAUUUCUUGUCUCCCUCCACCCGAUGCCAGAUGGCUGAAGAAGAGCCAACUGAUUCAACGGGUUCAAGAGCUAGUGAAAAUGGAACAAGUUCCACAACCGCAGAAACAUCAUCUUGACAAGCUGCGGGGUCGCCCGACCAAUUUAUUGACUACCUGUCAUGCUGAGGUUCAGCUUCUUCUAAAAUUCGAAGGUUCCUUUUCCACCAACACAGAUCCUUUCCCAUAUAUCGGGUGUAGUAAAAUGUCAUGUUGGCUAUGCUACCAGCUCCUUACUCACUACAAGGAUAAGAGGACGGAUACUCGAGGAUACUACCAAACACGCGGUUCCCAUGGUACGGCCUACCCAUUUUGGCAUAUUGCACUAGGCAGCGAUUCAGUUUCUUACCCUGGCGUUCAAUUCAACCUCUCUGUUGCUCUCUAA